ACGCUCGAACACGUUUACAAGGACCAAGCUAAUGUCGCCGCGCUGUCCACUCCUUUGGCACGUUUUUCCUUCACCAGUCUGUCUGUCCGUCGGGCCACUUUCUCUCUACCGACCAUCAUCUUGGCAUUGUCAUGGCACUGGGAGGUUUAAACAGAACGAGCUCUCUCUCUCUCUCUCUCCUCCCCCCCGCGCGAACGCAUCAUUCACUCGUCAUUGUCGCUGCGUCUCGGCAGUUGGCUUGUCUUUCUCAGGCAUGAUGAUGAUGAUGGUGAUGACCAUGACAAUGAUGACAAUGAUGACGACUCUCCUCCUCAGGCACUUCCAUCUGAAACACAGAGGGCAGCGGCUUGCCUUCGUCGACCGCCUUGCAGACGGGGAAGUCGGAUCGCUUGGCGGGGUCGCUGGGCGGGUCGCGGCCCAGGAAGGCUCGGUCUUUGAAGAGCUCCUCGUCUGGUGUGCCGGGCGCCACGCACCACCGCCGCAUAGUCAGGGGCUGUCCGUCAGGCAACGUCAUCUUGGCCCUGGGGGAGUGAGAAUGGAGCCAUGAGAAGGACAGAAAGAGACGUGUGUGGUGCGGUGUGGUGUGGUGUCUCUGCAGAUACAUACUUGAUUUUGUCGAGGAACUCAUCGAGGCAGCACUCGGCCUUGCCCCCGCAGACGGGCAUCUCGCGGCCGUUGUAGAUGAUCUUGACGAAGUGCUGGGCCUCUGGCCAUCCACACACAGACACGCACACGUAGAGACACACGCACUUACAGAGUGCACUGUUCUGCCUUGUUUGUUCCCUGCUCUGCAGACUUACUUCCGUUGACGCGUUUCUCCCAGAGCUCCCAGAAGAUCGACGAGGCGAAGGGCGGCUGCUCGUCGUCAAACACGUCCAUCGUGCCUAACCCCCACACACGCAGGAAGGUCAUUGUGCCGUCACGUGUGUGUCGGGUGGCGAUCUGUGACCCCUUACUGAGUGCAGCCGCGAUUGUGCUGUCGUGAGCACUCAUCAAAAGGAACUUCAGCGUCACGAACCUCAUGUCGCUCAUGCCGGGGUACUGCAGGCCACGCAAUGCAAUCCACAGAACCAAACAGCUUUGGCGCACACAGAUGGUUCAACACAACACGCAGACCGACAGACCUUCUUGAUGAUCUUGGAUGCCUCUCUGAGUGACUGUCGGUCGCCCUUCGCCUUUGCCUUGAUCGCAGUGACGAGGACGUCGUAAAAGGCCGACGUGGCCACGCGGGCGUAGAACUCGUCGUCCCAGAUCUGUUUCAUUCAUGUGUCUGUUUCUCCUUUGCCUCGUGUGUGUGUCUCUGUCUGUCUGUCUGUCUGGUGUGCACUGCUGACGAAUGAGAAUUUGUGGUCGAGAGCGCGUUGGACGAAGUGGAUGUCGCGGGGGUCCUGCAGAAUCACAUGGCGGCCGUCGGCGAUCUGACACGUCACGGCGUCGCCCAUCUGGGCACACAAA